ACGAAUUUUUUGAAAUAUUUUACAAAUAGAUUUGGAACAAUGUUUUCUGUAGAAUAUACGUGACAUGAUCAUUCAAUGCAGAAUGACAUAUUUUUGUUUAACAAUAUUAAAAAGAAUUUAAACUAGCAUUAAUUAAUUAAUUAUUUCGAUGGUGUAUUAUUCUUCAACAUGUAUCCAAAUAUAAUGUGGAGAUUUGUUCCAUUUAUACGGGACUAGUACUGUUAUCCCCUCCACAAAAUGUUAAGAGCUAGAUUCGCCAUAUCAUUAAAUGUUGUGCUUUAUAUUGUUAGCCGGUAUUAUUAAAAUUUACAAGAAAUUAAUGCCGUGACAACAUAAAUUUUCAAAUGUGGUAUUUUUUCAAUGAUGUUUUGAUUAACUUUGCGGAAAUAAUUCCGAUGUUAAACUAAAGGAAGAACAUAUAGAGAAUUAAAAGAUACGUCAUUGUAUAAUAUUAAGUGGAAUAUGGAUACUAAUUUAUGUGAAAAAAAUGAAGUAGAAAUGAAAGCAGAUGUUGUAACAUUGCAAGAUACUUUAUGUAAUAAAAACCAAAAGAUAGAAGUAUCCAAUUGUCAAUUUAUGAUUAAUGAUGAGUUGACAUAUACACAAAUAAAAGAAAAGAAAACACGUACAGAUGCAACAAGUAGUACCUUCAAGCCAAAGAAGAAUGUGGCAAAAAUGAAAAUGAAGAAACAUAAAAGUGGAAGAGAAUCAAAUUAUGAACCCACAAAGUUAGAAAAUAGUCUAACUGAAGUAUUAGAAAGAUUUAAAAGAGGAUGCGAGUGUCAGGAUGACCAGUGCUUUAAAGGCUUAAAUCCUGAAACAGUAUAUCGUCAUAGAUUGAAUAUUGCAGAAUUAACCAAGGCUGAACAUGAUAUGUAUUUAAUGGGUGUUACCAUGGCUUGUUUAACGAAUCCAUAUGAAACAGCAAGACACACAGAAAGGCGUAGAUUACGUGCACAAUAUGUAUAUCAGGGUAGAAGAGUAUGUUUAGAUGCUUUUUUGUAUUUAGAGAACUGUACACAUUAUCAAAUAAAACGAAUUAGGAAACAUUUAAUGACGCAUGGUGUCACUCCACGAGUUCAUGGGAAUCAUGGGAAAAUUCCUCAUAAUACAUUUUCUUUAGAUAUCUAUAAAAUUGCAACAGAAUUUUUGAAAAAUUUUAUUGAAUUGCAAGAAACAAAACAAAAGACAAAAAUUGCAAAGAAUGCACAGUUACAUCUUCCAUCAGACAUUACACGUAAAAUAGUAUAUGAUUCUUAUAUACAGUAUUGUAGAAAAAUGUCUCCUGAUAUAAAAAUAAUGGGGUAUUCAACAUUUAGAAGAUUUAUGAAAGUUCAAUUUCCACAAGUAAAAUUUGCUAAAUUAGAAUUUAUGAUUAGGAAUCAGAAUAUACAGAAUCAAGGAUGUACUAAAACUGACUUAGAAAAAAAAGAUAUAACUGAUAACGGAGCAUCUGACUCAGCAGAUCUGAUAACAGAAGGCAGUGCCUUAUUACCUUUAUUAAUUGCUAAUGAAACAGGACAAAGUGAUACUUAUUUUUUAACACCAAUUAGCAAACUACAAGAUGGUAUGAGUUAUCAAAUAACUACAAGUGGACUUCUAGUCAAUAAACCAGCUUUACCUGUCUAAGACAAAUGAUAUUUGAAACAAAGAUAGUAAUUUAAAAUAUAUAAAUAUAAAACAAA